AUGGCCAGGCUCGGAUUACCCCAUUUGCAGCGGAGAUGGAAGUGGCCAAAGGUGCUCAUCGCCUUGAUGGUGAUUGAGCUCGCAGGAACGGUGCCGGCAUUGGCUCUCUUCGGCAUAGCAUCUCCUAAUCUAUACCGCACGAAGCUGUGGGGGAUAGGGAGCGACAACGGCUUCAAUUCGAGUCCUUUACAAGUCCUAUACGCCUACGCAAACUACCGUCCUAUACCGAAGAUCCCCUUCGUAUGGUCACAAUCAUUAACAGACUUCAACGUCGCGGUCUCCGUGCUCUCCAUGUUCGUACUGCUCGUAAAAUCCGCGAUGUUCAUCCUCCACAUCUGGUAUCCAAUCCUCAGCACGCUCGCCAACCUGCCAAUCGUCGUCUUGUGGGCAGUCUCCGUGUACGGCCAAAUGGGACCCGAUCACUCUGAUCCAAAGCAUCCCUCGAACAUAGCAUGGUAUCUCACGAAGAGCUGUUCGUAUGCAAGGCCGUCUGGGAAUUAUGGGUAUUGCCUGCAAGCAAAGGGAUCAUUCGCCGUGGCUGUGGUUAUGUUAACAAUAUUCUUCUUCAACCUCCUCCUCGGAAUCUGGUCUCUAAUCCCCACCGCCUCCCAGCGCGCAGCGUCAAAAAUCGGAAUCGAUGACAUGCAAACCAAGCACUCCCCGCUCUCCGACAACUCAGACCGUGAAUGGGAGAUGAAGCGUGUUCUGCCAACAACAAACGCCACUCCUGCACAACCGUAUACCCCAAGGACGUUAGCGUUCAAUACGCUGGAUAGGCAGUUACCGUUGAGGGCUGGGGAGGAGGGAAAGAGCCGAUGGCGCUGA